UUAUUAAAGUUCUAUUGGAUUUGGUUCUUUACUUUUUCUCAUUUCUCUGAAUCCUGACCAAAUGGCUAGGUUUUCACCAAACACUAUCUUCUAUGGAAUUAUUUUGGUUGUCUCAAUAUUUAAUGUGAUAGUUCCUCAAUCGAACGCAACUCUCAAUGCCCAUUAUUAUGGAGAAACUUGCUCACAAGCCGAGAAAAUUAUAUCCCUGACAGUUUAUAACGCUUCCAUAUAUGAUCCAAAAGUUCCAGCUCGUAUCUUAAGGAUGUUCUUCCAUGAUUGUUUCAUAAGGGGAUGUGACGCAUCAGUGUUGGUAGACUCGACCGCAGAGAACCAAGCAGAGAAAGAUGGGCCUCCAAACAUCUCACUUGGAUCAUUCUACGUCAUUGACCAAGCUAAAGCAAAGCUAGAACUGGCUUGUCCUCGUACUGUUUCAUGUGCUGAUAUACUCGCCGUUGCUGCUAGAGAUGUGGUCGCAUUGUCUGGAGGUCCUUAUUGGAAUGUGCUUAAAGGCAGGAAAGAUGGAAGGGUUUCAAAAGCUUCGGAAACAAUCAACUUACCAGCUCCAACCUUCAAUAUAUCCCAACUCAUUGGAAGCUUUGCCAAGAGAGGUUUAGGAAUCAAGGAUUUGGUUGCUUUAUCUGGUGGUCACACUCUUGGUUUUUCACAUUGUUCUUCUUUCGAAGCUCGGCUACGUAAUUUUAGUGCACUGCAUGAUGUUGAUCCAAGUAUGAACAUUGAGUUGGCACAAAAUCUUAGAAAGAAAUGCCCAAAACCAAACAAGGACCCCAAAGCUGGGGAUUUCUUGGAUUCAACAUCAUCUGCUUUUGACAAUAACUACUACAAGCGAUUAAUUGCAGGAAAAGGUUUGUUUGGAUCGGAUCAAGCACUUUUUGGUGAUUAUAGGACAAAAUGGUUGGUUGAAUCAUUUGCGACGGACCAAAGUCUCUUCUUUCGAGAGUUUGCUGCUUCCAUGGUCAAAUUGGGAAAUGUUGGGGUGAUUGAAAAUGGGGAAGUCAGACUCAAAUGCCGAGUGGUGAAUUGACAGUGGAAGGAGAGACAGAAUUAUAUGAACAAAAUUUUCCCUUUUGUAUUUUUGCAUGUUAAUAAUGAAAUGAGAUAUGAAUAAUGUUAAUGUUUACUGAAAUUAAAUAAAUUAAUAUGAAUUUCGUUGAAUAACCUCUCUCUGAGUAAUUUGGAUC